UGACGAAUAGUUUGGGAAGGGUGUGGUGCUGUCAGAGCCUGUUUCUCUACCCGGAUAUUCUGCCCCGGUAGGAUACCUGAUACAGGAGGUGUUGUCUAUACCUUUCACAAUGACAACUUUAUGGGAUGACCUGGAAAGCCUUGUAGAUGCACCAUCCUCUUUCACAGUAAAGGGUGGUGAGAAAAGUAGCAUCAAGCCAAAAGCGGACUUCAAUGUCGGUGAGGAUGUUGUAGCCCUGCGCAAAGCCAUGGAGGGAUUAGGUACAACAGAGAAGACAUUAAUUGACAUACUAACCCAUCGAAGCAGCAGUCAGCGUGAGGCAAUUUGUAAAUCAUAUCUCGAGGCUACAAAUAGGACUCUGGUGAAAGAUCUGGAAGGUGACACUCAUGGUCACUUUGAGCGGCUGCUUGUAGCACUUGCCACUCCACCAGCUGUGUACGAUGCCCAGGAAGUGAUGCGAGCUAUAGAUGGCGUUGGGACAGAAGACAGCACCUUAAUAGAAAUAUUUGCCUCCAGAACAAAUCAACAGAUCAAGGAGCUCUCUGCAGCUUACUUGGAAGAGACAGAGAGAAAAUUGACAUUUGACCUCAAGAAGGAGGUCUCUGGAAAAUUUGGCAAAGCCAUCCUCCUCCUAGCUGGGGGUGGGCGGGAUGAGAGUGUCACUGUGGAUAACAACAAGGCUAAAGAGGAUGCUAAGGCUCUGUAUGAUGCUGGCGAGAAGAAAUGGGGGACUGAUGAAGAAAAAUUUGUAGACAUACUGUCAAAAAGAAGCAUACCUCAACUACGGCAAACACUUGUAGAGUAUAAGGAAAUCAGUGGGAAGACCCUUCAGGAGAGCGUGGAGGGGGAGAUGUCUGGUCCUCUAGAGGAACUGUUGGUGGCCAUUGUGAAAUGUGUGAAGAAUGUCCCUGCUUACCUGGCUGAAAAACUGCAUAAGAGUAUGAAGGGCUUAGGCACAGAUGAGGCAACGCUGACCAGGAUCUUGGUCAGUCGCUCUGAAAUCGACAUGCUUGACAUCAGAGCUGAGUUUAAAAAGCUCUAUGAAGAGUCCCUACACUCUGCCAUUGAGUCGGAUGUGGCAGACAGCUACGGGGAAUGUUUGAAGAUGAUUUGUGGAGGGGAAGACUGACACAAAACUAUCCAUGGCAGAGCCGAUCAGAGACCCAUGGAAAAUAUAGGAAAAGUCUGCUGAAUGUUUGUGGAGGAGAUGACAUUUAGGAAUGAAAAUGCAUAUUUCAUUACUUUUUUUUUUCACCUCAGAUUGUAUACACCUAUGUGCAACAUAUUUGAUGCAAUUGUCUUUUCAUCAUUGUUCUGCAAUUAAUUGUGUGAUUUAUAUGCCAAAUGAAACCUAAAAGAACAUUUAAACAACAACAAUAACAAAGAUGACUUGUGGACUUGGCUAUUUAUUAAAGGUUUGGUUAAACACUGA